AUGCAAAACGAUAAACUUGCUUUAGAAGUUCAAAAAAUUGCUCUCGACUUCUUUUUAUUCGGGAAAGAGCCUCCCGUCAUUGAAAAGAAAGAGAUCCAACCUUCCAUUACAAAUUCAUCUCCCAAUAUAUCAUCAUCAUCAGCUUCAUCAAACUCUCAGUCUUCCUCCUUUGAAAAUAUUGAAUUUAAAAUUCCAAAAAGUAAAAGUAAAUUUGAUGGAUCUUCAAAGCCUAAACAAAUAUCAGAUUCCGAUAAAAAGACAGAAACAUCACAGAUACCUGCUCGAUUCAAUAAUAAUGAAGAACCCAAGAGCUCUACUGGAAAUGCAUCAUCUUCGGCCAAGAAAGGAUCAUUAGAGGAGUCCUCACAAUUAGAAGUAAACACUUUCCGAUCUUUCAAACAAAAAACAUCUCGCUUUAUUAAUAUUGAAGCUGGUGAAGUGGAUGAAUCAGCCAGACAACAAUUCGGUGAAAUAUUCUCUCAGCAAAGUUUUGGUUCACCUGCUUUUUCUUCUUCUGUUAUGGACAUAAAUUUUAGCGACGACGAAUAA